AAACAGGACAAUGGCAAUACAAUACAAUACAGUACGCUCACUUUUCACCAGCGUGGGUGUUACCUCAUUCUCACAGAUAUAUCUGCAGCAGCGAAGUCUGAAAUUGGAGAGCCAUGUCGCGAGAGAGACCCAGAAGAGGAGUACUACCUCCUGCCCAAGAGAACAUUGAAAAGCUGCAGAAAGUUGUGAAUGAUGGCAAUUACUACGGAGCUCAACAGAUGUACAAGUCUGUUACUGCAAGAUACAUAUUGGCCGAGAGGUACUCUGAGGCCCUGGAUAUUCUCCAGUCAGGUGCUUGCAUUCAAUUGGAACAUGGACAGGUGGUCUGCAGAAUGUGGAGCAUGUAGGAAUGGAUCCCCAGAACUGCAUGAUAUGCUAGCUGAAUACAUAUAUUCUGAAUCUCCUGAGGUGGACAUGACUAGAGUAUCUUCUUAUUUUGUUCGGGGGAAACAACCUAGGAAGUUUGCUUCAACACUAGUUAAUUUUAUGGGCAAGUGUUAUCCAGGGGAAGAUGAUUUAGCCAUUGCGAGGGCCAUUUUGCUGUAUUUAUCUCUUGGCAAUCUGAGAGAUGCUAAUUGUCUUCUGGAUGAGGUAAAAAAACAAGUAAAAGCUAAUAAGCAGCUUGAGUUCCCUAGCUCAGAUUUGAUCCAGUUCAUCAGUUACCUUUUGCAGACGUUACAGAGGGAUGCUUUGCCCUUGUUUAAUAUGUUGAGAAAGACUUACAAGUCCAGCAUUGAUAUAGAACCUGUAUUGAAUGAGUUGCUCGAUGGAAUUGCGGAGAAGUUUUAUGGAGUACGGCGCAGAAAUCCCCUGCAAGGGAUUUUUGGAGAUUUCUUCAAGAUGAUGGGUGGUGAUGGCAUGUAGCAUACAAUUGCAAUCUUUUGCUACUCUGAAUAAUGAUCCAACAUUGUUAUUCCAUUGUGCUGUUACAUCAGUUGAUGUGUUUGACCCUUUUGGAAGCAGUUUUCUGGAAGCUCUGAAUGUUGUCUGUCAUUUUGUUUUUUAUUUUGUGGUUUUGUUUUGUUGUUUUUUUUCUGUUUUAGGGUGUGUGGAAAAAAACUGUAUAAUUGUUGACAGUAGAAAAUGUUUGAUUUGCGCUUGUACCAUUUGGAAGUGUUCUAUUUAAUAUAUCAAAUCCAGCAGUAAAUCAGCACAAUAGGCUUGAAAAGUAA